GAAGGGUUCACCAUCCCACUGCACUUUCACAAACGGCCUGCCGAACCACGGAACGUUCGUAGUAUUCCUCUCCUGUAUUGUCUUUCCGAUGUAACGAUUUCGCACACGUCUAUCUGCCCAACAUGGUUUCUCUCGCUGCUCCACGCGUACCCCCAAGCAACUUCAUGGCACCGACUGUUAGCAGCAGCCUGAAACGGAAGCAACGCGACUCGUCUCCCGACGCUGAGAACAACGCUCUCGCCCAAACGAAACGUCGUCGUGUCACCUUUGACCCCAACAUCAAUGUGCAGAUAGUAAUGGAGGUGGAAAAGAGUACGGAGCUGGUGGCGGAGGAAGUGCGCCGGGCAAUCGAAAAGCACGCAAUCGGCGAGAAGGGUGAAUACGACCAGCUGCGGAGUACCUUCUCAGACUCUCCUACCACACCUGGUGCAGCUCAUUCUGCACUGCUGCAAAAAUACGUCAUCGCGCUCAGAGAAAGUGUACCGCUGUUGGAUUACAACUGCAAAGGGCUCGUGCAUGCAAUCAUAGAUUGCAGCUGGAUCGCGCGCAAUGAGGGCUUCGUGCGGGAGUACCGCAAUCUGCUGCGGUCGCUGAUCUCGGUGCACCCUGCGUACAUGUCUACAGUUCUCCAAAUGCUAGUUUCCAUGUUCCUCAACCCGCCCCCUACAACAGCUAGGGCGCAAGACGAUCCUGUUAUUCAAUCGCCACGCCUCACACAACGGAUACACGAAUGCCUCCGGUCAUUUCUACGACAGAGUCCUAUGACAAGCACAUAUCUGGGACCCAUAAUCGCAUCUACAUUCCCCUUCGCCGACGACACGGCGAAGGCGCACACACGAUAUAUCAGGAAUAUCCUUCAAAUUUCCGAAUAUUGUUCAGAGUUGAAGGGUGAAAUAUUGUCACUCAUAACCGACAAGAUUGUCAAGAUCGAUGUUCAGAUCCAGGUAGACAUGGACGAUCUGGAGGACGACGAGGAAGAACUUGUAGGGCGAGCGAUUAACGAUGCGGAAGAGGAGGACAUGAGCGACAACGAGUCUGUGUCCAGCGAGGAGAGCCUAGAGCCCGAGGACCGCCGAAAACGUCAAAUCCAAGAAAACGUGAACAAGCUUGACGCCGUAAUGGACCUCCUCUUUUCCCACUACGACUCCGUCUUCGUGAAGGGCGACCUUUUCGACAGCGACGAACUAUUCGAAUCUCUUCUCUCGCAAUUCGCCAACAUUGUCCUCCCCACCUACCGUUCGAGACACGUCCAAUUCUUGCUGUUCCACUUCAGUCAAACCUCAGCCGACCUCACCGAGCGCUUCGCAGGCUGCUGCUCGCACCUCGCAUUCGACCAGCUGCGCCCCCACAUUCUCCGCGUCGCCGCCGCCGCAUAUCUCGCCUCCUUCAUCGCGCGCGGCGCCCACGUCUCCGGCGCCGUCGUCCGCGAUGUCUUCGACCUCCUCUGCCAUCACCUCGAGCGCCUGCGCAUCCAACAAGAGCCCGGCUGCAAAGGCCCCGAUCUGCGGCGCUACGGCACCUACUACGCCAUCAGCCAAGCGCUCCUCUACACCUUCUGCUUCCGCUGGCGCGACCUCAUCGUCACCCCUGACGGCCACACGCCCACCGACGAAGACAUCAUCUACCACGAGGGCGACUUCACCUGGUACAACAACGUCCAGGAGAUUAUCCGGCGCAACAUCUUCUCCGCCCUCAACCCGCUCAAGAUCUGCGCCCCCAGCAUCGUCGCCCAGUUCGCCCGCAUGGCGCACCACCUGCGCUUCCUGUACGUGUACCCGCUGAUCGAGACAAACAAGCGCGUGCGCCUCGCCCGCAGCAUGGCGGGUGCGUAUCUCGGCGGCAUCGGCGGCCGGGAAACAGCGCUCAGCCAGAAGAGAGGCGACGACAUGUUUCUCCUCGACGCGUACUUCCCGUUCGAUCCGUACGUGCUGCCCCGCAGCAAGCGCUGGAUCGAGCCCGACUACGUGCAGUGGAAACCAGUGCCGGGCAUGCCUGUUGAGCGCGACGAGGAGGAGUCUGAGGACGAAGAGGAGGGCGAUGAUGAGGACGACGAGUCUGAGUCGGAAGUCGAGCCGGAUGUUGCAGAGGACGUGCCCGAGGAUCUUGAUGAUUUGAGUACUGAGGCCAGUGUCUGAUUUGAUGCAUUUGUUUUAUCAUGUACGCGGCGUUCAAUGGACGGAUAUGUUGCAUAGCUUGGCGCUGGGUUGGGCAUCUGCUGGGAUUUCUGGUUGCAUCUGCAGUCAUGUUGGGACUCAUGAAUGCAAGUCCAGUAGGAUAUGAAGCAUUCACGAAACGCAGUAAAAACCUCAUACACAUUAAUGUUUGUGUCAUUGCAAGUAUUCGUAUUGUACGUGUUACUACAUGUCUUGAUCAAAACGCCGAAGCGUUACUCUUCCAUACCCGGAGCCCAUCCCAAUGAAUCCGAUUUU